ACGCAUAGAAAAAUCGUUCCAUUCUAGUACAUUGUAUAUAUAACGAUAAUAUAUAUACGUAUACGAGGAUUGGCCGCGCAUCGUCGCGACGAGAGGCUGAUCUUCUAUAAUAAUAUCGUGUAUAGCAGCAGUUAGCUCGAGUCUAGAUUCUAGAAUCCCACUUAUAAGCGCGAAUCGUCAGAUAGGCGCGUGUCUGUGUGUGUGUGUGUGUGUAUGUGAGCAGCAGCCAGAGCGUGCAGAAAACCGUGUACUAGAGACAGUUGGUGCGUGCGUUAGCCCCCGGUACGGUGCUGCUGCAGAUUCAGCAUAGAUCCCUGACUUCGGCACACAGAUAGACAGACACAGCGCGAAUGUAUAUGCCCGGCAGUGCAGUGUAACUCGCGUUUUGUUGUUUUUUUUUUUGGGGUUUUCAAUAGCCCGUAUAUACACAAGAGGAGCAGCGUUGCACCGAUCGCGUGCAAUUGCGAAUCGUCGUUGAUACAGUCGUUCUUUUUUAUUAAAAAAAAAAGACGGACACCAUGGAGGUCGAGCCGAACGGCGUAAAUUAUCCGAAAAACAUGAACAACACGUACGAGGACGAGGAGGAGAGGAAGCACUUUCAGCGCAUCGUGUCGGCUUUCAAAUAUUACAAACCUCACUCAUUGCAGCGUGUUAAAAAGACUGAAACCUAUCUUCUAUCGUUACCAGCUCAUCACCAAAAAUUGCUAUCUCGUUAUAGAGACCAUCUCAAUGAAGUGAAAAGAUGCAUAGAAAACAAUGACGAUAUUAUCAGAUUAAUCAUUAAGGAUGUCACAAAUAUUUUUGAAAAUGUUACCCCCGAGGAUGCAAGUACCGACAGUGUAAGACAAGUUUCUCUGACAGUAGCACACAGACCAAUAUUAGCUGAUCAAGAAAAAGUACAAGCUACUAUCAAGCAGUUUGUUAGAGACUGGAGUACAGAAGGUGAGGAAGAAAGGAGAACAUGUUACCAGCCUAUUAUUGAUGAAAUUGUUAAUCAGUUUCCCUUAGAACAUUGUACCCCAGGAGAAGUCCGUAUACUUGUACCUGGAGCUGGAUUAGGACGACUUGCUUAUGAAAUUGCAAGGAGAGGCUAUACUUGCCAAGGAAAUGAAUUUUCUUUAUUCAUGCUUUUUGCAUCCCACUUUGUUCUCAACAAAUGUCGGGGAAUAAAUUCAUUCAGAGUUCAUCCUUGGGUUCAUCAGUACAUGAACAAUAUUGAGCCACAGCAUCAAAUUAAAGAAGUGUACUUCCCAGACAUAAACCCCAGUGAUCUUCCUGAAAAUGCACAAUUUUCUAUGGUAGCUGGUGAUUUUCUUGAAGUGUACACAGAGCAUGAUUACUGGGAUUGUGUUGCUACAUGCUUUUUCAUUGACUGUGCAAAUAACAUUGUACAAUUUAUAGAAACCAUUUACAAUAUACUAAAGCCUGGAGGAAUAUGGAUUAAUUUAGGUCCACUUCUGUAUCACUUUAGUGAUAUGCCUAUGGAAGAGUCAAUCGAGCCGAGUUAUUUUGAAGUACGUGAUGUAAUUCGAGGUCUUGGAUUUAAUAUUCUGACUGAAAAAACACACGUGAAAACGCGUUAUGCACAAAACGUACACAGUAUGUUACAAUAUGAAUAUAACAGCGUUUACUUUGUGUGCCAAAAACCUAAGAAGAUGAGGGUUUCUGAAUCCAUGAAUGUAUCAAAUGGCUCGGAAACGAAUGGCAGUCAAGAGCACGAAAAUUGAUUAUUAUCCCUGAUAAUUAACCAAGCAAUUUAAUAAUUAUUGAUUUACAUCUUGUUUAAGAUGUCUUUUUUCUUAGCAUAAUUAAAUAAGAGUUACAAAAAAUUUUAUUAUCGUUACUGACAUUAACUUUGUGACAAAAUAAAGCUAUGAAAAUUCCUAGUGAACAAAACUCUAUUGUGCUGAAUGAAAAUUUUUUGCAUAUGAACAAAUUGAAGUACAAAAUACAAGUAACUAUGAGUAAAAUGUAGAUAAAAGCGAUUAUCACAAUUUUAAACAUUUUGAAGAUGUAAAGAUUAAAUUUGCUUUGAAAACAUGA